AUGAGGGAUCUUCAGGGCAUUGACUGCUUGCUCUUGAAGGAGCUAAAGUCAUGCUGUGCAGAAGAGUACAACUUUCUUCCCAGAGAAACUGGCCUGAACCUGAUGGAGUCCACAUCCCCAGAGGUUCACUCUGGAGUUUCUGCAAAAUGCAGAGACAGCAGAGUGGAAGAACUGUGGGGUCUGACCAGCUUCUUUGGCUACAGGACUCAGACUUUUGUCCAAGCUGUCAAUUUGCUCGACAGAUUUCUUACCAACAUGAAGGUCCAGCCCAAACAUGUACCCUGCAUUGGUGUGUGCUGUCUCCACAUUGCUGCCAAAAUGUUCGAGGAAGAUUGUAAUAUCUCAUCCUCUCAUGAGCUCAUUCGCAUCAGCCAAAGCAAGUUCACUGUGUCCGACCUCAGCCGCAUGGAGAAAAUCAUUUUGGAGAAACUCUGUGUGGAGCCCAAAGCUGUGACGGCCCUAACCUUCCUGCACCUCUACUACUCAGCUGUCAACUCCCUGUCUGCUGGCAGGGAGGAGGUCCCAAGCAUCGGGAGACUGGAAGCCCAGCUGAAAGCCUGUUUAUGUCGUCUUGUUUUCUCGAAAGCAAAAGUAAGAGUUAUUCUCGAGGAACGGAAUGUCAGUGUUGCAGCAUGCUCUGAGUUAAUUCUUCCCUGUUUACAGCCGUCAGUGUUGGCUUUGUCCCUCAUUGCUCAAGAGUUUGAAGCCCUCCAGUCAGCUGCAUUGUUGAAGAUUGUCCAGCAAUUCCAAAGACAUCUAAAGAUCGGCGAUGGCGAGCUGCUCCACUGGAAGGAACUCGUUACCAAGUGCAUGACUGAAUACCGCUCGAGUGAAUGCACCAAACCAGACAAUAAGAAACUGGUCUGGAUCCUGUCCAGGAGGACUGCACAGAGUCUUCAGACCCGUCACUUCAGCGUGCCUGGUCUACCGACCAUCCCUGAGAUGAGCUGGGAUGAGAGUGAAAGCGAGGACUCCUGUGAGGACAUGAGCUGUGGGGAAGAAAGUCCAUGUGGCUCGUUAGGAAGUGACGGUGAAGGAGCAUUCUUCCCCUCCACGUUCCUCGACCGUGCAGAGUGAUGGCUGUCCAUCGUGAAGCAGAUGUUUGUUUUCCCCUGAAUGGUGUCAGAUUUCAGGGCAGACGUGCGCUUUGUGUUUUGUUUAUCAUAAGUACGUAUGCAACUCAACUCGACUGAUUUUCUAUGAUAAAGUGCCUGUGUUUGAUCAGUUUGUCAUCUGCUUGUGUAAUAAAAAAUGAAAUCGUAAUAAUGCAGUAUAGUAAAAAAGCAAUACUCUUGGCAGCUUGUUAUUAAUACAACUUAAUGUCUCUUUCCAAGUUCUCUUUGUGUUUGACACGUUUUAGGAUGAAUAGAAAGAGCACAAGAAGAACCAGAGAAUGUGUCCAAUACCAGCUAAUAUACUCAAACAUUCUGAAUGUUUUGUAGUGUUUUUCUAAUACUUGACACCAGUAUUACGCAUAUAAAAUGUACGUUCAUAUAAAACCAAUAUGUGUCAUGGGUGACAUUUUAGUGGGAAAGUUAACUGUAAAUGCAUGGAGACAUUGACAUAUGUGAGUAUGCAUGUUGUUUCUAUCUACUAAGAUAAGCUUACUGUGAAAUGUAAAAA